AAAUCUCUUAUUCUCUCUUUUCAUUCAUUCAGUUUAUUAUUAUUAUCGUAUUAUUAUUAUAUUAUUAUUAUUAUUAUUAUUCUAUUAAAUUAAUCAUCGCCAAUUUGGAAUUAAAUAAAUUUGUUCAAUUAAAAUUCUAUUCUCAAUAAUAUUAAGUAACCUUUUCUUCAACCUCUCGGACCUUUUGUGCUUUUGUUUUUGUUGAUAUAAAGAAGAAUAAGAAGAAACCAUUUGGCUCUUUCUCUCUCUCUCUCUAUUCUCACACAAACAUCAAGGCUUUUUUUCACCAACACAACAACCAUUUGAUUAUAUACACAAAGUGAUCAAUUGACUUUGCUCUUUUUUUUCUUCUCUUCUCUAUUUUUUUCUCUCUUCCUUCUUGUUCUUCUCUUAAUCUCUAUCUUUCUCUCUCUAUUUCUCUCUAGCUCUCUAUCUAUCUCUUUUUCUCCCUCUGUCUGUUAUUCUCUAUCUUCUCUCUCUCUCUCUCUUCAUUCACCUUAAGGAUUUGAUUUUUGGUUAAUAUUCGCUUGUUUCCCUUUCAAGUGUCGAACAUUUUUUUUUGGUAAUUCGUUUUUGCUUGGAGAAGGAAGAAAAAUAAAUACAAGCCGAAAAUCAGGAAUCAUUAUCAAUGGACGAGAAUCAGUGCCCCUUGUGUUUGGAACCCAUAGAAGCUGAUGAUAUAGACUUUUUUCCUUGUCCAUGUGGCUAUCAAAUUUGUAGAUUUUGUUGGCACCGUUUGGCCAAUGAAGAGGAUAACAUUGAAACUGGUAAAAGUGGAAGAGGACUGUGUCCAGCCUGUAGACAAGAAUAUCCUGAAUCACCAGUUGGAUUUAACUCUAAUUUAACGAUUGAAGCAAUGUCAGAAUUGGUUAAAAACAAGAAGAAGAAAAAGAAACAAGCAAAUAAACAGAAAUUGAAUCAACAACAAGAAAGUAAAAAGACGGUCAAUCUGGUUAAGAAAGAAGAGAAAAAUCUGGCUGGUCUUCGGGUCGUGCAAAAAAAUUUAGUCUUCGUUAUUGGAAUACCAUCUAGAUUAUCUCAAGAAGAUUUGAGGAGGGAAUUUAGCAAAUUUGGAAAAAUUCAUAAAUUAGUGAUCGGUAGCAAUGGAAACAGUUUAGUUAACUCUGUUUACGUUACCUAUUCAAGGCCCGAGGAUGCGAUCAAAGCUAUUCAAACAUUAAAUCAGAGUAAUCAAUGUAAUGGAAAUAAUCAAAUAAUCAUUAACGGUCUAAAAGAUGUUAAAGGCUCCAAGAAAGGUGCUAAUCUUACCUUGCGAGCAAGUUUAGGGACUACAAAAUACUGUACUCAUUGGUUAAAGAACAUGCAAUGUCCCAAAUUACCUGAAUGUAUGUACCUACACGAACUGGCAGAUCCUGAGGCUUCAUUUACUAAAGAGGAAAUGCAACAAGGGAAACACACGGAAUAUGAAAAGAAGUUAAUUAACCAAUAUUUAAGUAGAAAAAGCGUAAAUGGUGCAUUGAAUCAAAGGUAUCCAACAUUACCACAGGACCACAACAAACAAGGGACAGUGGAUUUUGACGGUGAAUCUAAUGAAAUGUGUAAUUAUGUUAGAGAUGAUAUUGGAUCUUAUGAAUCAAAUUGUUCCAAUGAAGGAGAUAGUGGAACCUUUAACAUCGAUCGUAGGGAUGACUGUGGAAACCAAAAUUCACUCGAUGAAAUAAUUGGAAUUAGUAGUGAUAGUAGCACCAGCUUUUCAACCUGUUCUUCGGGCAAUUCAUUACCACAUCCUCAUAUUUCCUCUUUAGAGGAAGAAGAACAAGAGGAAGAUGAAGGAUCCGGAAAAGAGAAUCGUUGUAAAUCACCAGGUGAUGAAUCGAUGCCUCCAAAUUCACCAGGAACUAGUAUUGAGGAUGAUGGUCUUGAUUUUGAUCCAAUAACCAUAUCCACUAAUGGAUUAGAAGAUUUAAUCAGAAAUCAUCCAUAUGAGGAUAAUGUUUCUUGUUUAGGGAUGAGUCAAUCAAUUCCAGUGUCCACCGGUUAUUCUCAGUCCGUCAACUAUCCAUCACCCUCCAUGUUAUCUCGAUCCACAAUGAGGGAUGAUCAGCUUACUCAGGAACACAUAUCCUGGCGCAAUUCAUUAAAAGCACUUCUACCCAAUGUCAAUAUCACCUUCGCUGGAAGCUCAACAUCAGCUUCUCCCAACUACUUUAAGCCUCCCGCCCAGACGCAACAACAACAACAACAAACACAACAGCAACCACAACACCACCAGCAACAAAUUCCGUUUGUUCAUGCACCCUCUCAAAUAACGCCUUGGUUCCAACAAAACUCUCAACAUCACCAACAUCCAACGCAGCAUCAGGUUCACCCAACCCACGCGAAUCCAUUUUCAAUCACAAACGGUCUACAAAAUUGUCAGCACCCAAUGGCUAGAACACAUCAAGGAUUCAUAGCCAGACCAGUGAUUCGUCAGAAACAACCUCCUCCGGUUUCUCAAAUUUUGAUUGAAAUUCUAAAAUAUAUCAAUUAA